AUUUGGAAGAAUGUCCUACUUACAUGGUGGUCAGUGGGAAGAAUGUUCUCUUACAUUUUCCAUUCAGGUGGUAAGAAUGUCCUUACAUUGGUGUAUCAGUGGGAAGAAUUUCCCUUACAUUGGUGGUCAGUGGGAAGAACGUCCCUUACAUUGGGGGUCAUUCGGAAGAAUGUCCCUUACAUUGACGGUCAGCUUGGGAAGAAUGUCCCUUACAUUGGGGUCAGUGGGAAAAAUGUCCCUUACAUUGGGGGUCCUGAGGAUGAAUGUCCUUUACAUUGGUGGUCAGUGUUGGAAGAAUGUCCCUUACAUUGGUGGUCGGUCCCAGAAUGUCCCUUACAUUGGGGUCAGUGGGAAGAAUGUCCCUUACAUUGGGGGUCAGUGGAAAGAAUGUCCCUUACAUUGGUGGUCAGUUGGGAAGAAUGUCCCUUACAUUGGG